UGAUAGUUCUGAUAAUGAAUUAGAUAAUAAAUUUAAUUAUAAAUUAAAUGAUGAAUUAAAUUAUGAGUUUGAUAGUAAAUUAGAUAAUGAAUUUGAUAAUGAAUUAGAAAAUAGAUAUAAUGAUGAAUUAAAUAAUGAAUUAGAUGAUAAAUUAAAUGAUAAAUUAAAUAAUGAGCUAGAUAAAUUAAGUGAUAAAUUAAAUAAUAAGCUAGAUAAAUUAAGUGAUAAAUUAAAUAAUAAUUUAAAUAAUUAUACAGAUGAUUAUUUGAAUAAUUAUUAUAAUAAUA